AUGAUUAACAAUAUCAAGUUUCUCUGGUACACGAAGGAGGAGGUUGUUAGGCUGUCUGAGAAGGAGGUGAAGGUGGCUGCGUCUCUCGACAAGUUCGGCCACCCUGUUCCAGACGGAAUGUACGAUCUCGCAAUGGGCCCCUGUGAUUCCGACCAAGUCUGCAAAACGUGCUCGUUGGACUGCCUCCAAUGCCCAGGCCACUUUGGUCACAUCCCAAUUCAGCCUGUGAUCAACCCACUCUGUUACGAAAUGCUCUUUCUGAUUCUCAGGGCGUCCUGCUCAAACUGCUUCAAACUCAAAGUCUCCCAAAAUGAGAAGUUGAAUUUCUACCUCGAAUUGGAACAGUGCGAGACCAAUCUGCGUACGACCAAGGCGGAGACAUUCCAGGAGUUUGAGGAGAUUCUGGUUGGUGGUGAGCGUAGAAACGGCCACUGCGAGGAGGAGCACCACUCUGUGGCUCUGACCUGGCUCAGAAAAGCAAGCACCAGGGGCAGAUGUCCUUUAUGCAAUGGGACGAACAAAAAGUACAAGAAGGGCGCCAAUAUGCGCAUUCUGUGCGAUGAUCCGAUGGAUGGGCUUGUGACUGUGGGAAACCGUGACGUGAUGAAGGACGUGAAUGCGACCUACGCCAAUGACAAGGUGAUAUUUGACAAGCUGCUGAAGAUUGGGGAUGACGAGAAGGGUGGAAUUGGAUUUCUGUUUCUUGAGGUGCUUCCAGUCACCCCCAACAAAUUCAGGCCAAUUAAGAAGAGAGACGGGUUUGUGUUUGAGAAUGCCACGAAUGCGCAACUGAACUCGAUUCUGACUGCGUCCCUGCUCUCUGAGAGGGACGAGAAGUACUCGGCCGAGUUGCAGAGCCUCGUUUCGCUCUACUUCGACUCGGCCAGGGACCAGAAGCAGCAAGGAAUCAAGCAGCUGCUUGAGAAGAAGGAGGGUCUCUUCAGACAGAACAUCAUGGGAAAGCGAGUCAACUACUCGGCCAGAUCGGUGAUAUCCCCUGAUCCGUGGAUUGGAACUGGUGAAAUUGGGGUUCCACUCGUCUUUGCGAAUCAGCUCACGUUUCCUGAGCGAGUCAACUCCACCAACCUGAAGAAGAUGCAGGAGCUGGUGACUGGUGGCCCAUGCGCGUAUCCUGGGGCCAAUUUCGUAUUGGAGAAGACUGAUUCCCAGCAGAAGCUGCUGAGUCUCAAGGUGCUCUCCAAAAGCAGAAGGAGGCAGAUUGCUGCUCGAUUUGCCACUUCCAGGUGCGAAUUCACUGUCUACAGGCACCUGGUCACUGGAGACCGUGUUUUGGUCAACAGGCAGCCAUCUCUUCACAAAAUGUCGAUGAUGGGCCACCGUGUCCGAGUUCUCAAGAACGAGAAGACGCUUCGAAUGCACUACGUGAACUGUAAGCCGUACAACGCCGACUUCGAUGGUGACGAAAUGAACAUCCACUUCCCACAGUCGCAUGCUGCCCAGGCUGAGAUUGAGGAAGUCUGCCUGACUGAUUUCAACUUUCUGGUUCCGUCUACGAAUGAGCCAAUUCGUGGACUGACCCAGGACCAUCUGGUUGUUGCUGCUGUGAUGACAAGCAAGAAUGAGAUCUACGACCGUGAUGAAUACCACCAUAUUGUCCAUAGUGCACUCUAUGAGGAAGUUGAUGGCCCCCUUGUUUUCGUGGAUCCAUUUCUGACUGUCUCAGAUGGUGAAUCAAGGCGUGUCUUCUACAGUGGCCUGAACGUAGUCAGCACCGUCUUGGUGAAUGUGACUAAGGGGCUUCCAACAAGCCUAACUCACCGAUUCAAGUCUAAAAUAACAGGGGAGACUGUCAUAUUUCGUGAAUCAGAGAUGCUUACUGGGCUACUGGAUAAGAACACCCUUGGAACAGCAGUUAACUCGUUGAUUCAUGUUUGUGGGAAGCUAUUUGGCUACAAAAUAUGCAAUAGGCUUCUUACGAUAUUUGGGAGAAUGGUGAAUGGGUACAUGGCAUUACGGGGAUUCACAUUGGGCCACGACGACUUGCUUCUCGAUGAAGAGGGGGAAAAGAGGCUUCAGAACGAGCUACUGGUCAGAAACAGGCGUAGUAGGGUGGAAUCAGAGAACAAGAGCAACAUUCAGGUGCUGUUGAGGGAGACAAACGGGGCAUUGAGUGGGUUACAGGGGCUUCUGGCGAGUUCAAUGCAGAAGUCGUUUUUAGGCAACAACAUUCUGGCGAUGGUGCAAUCAGGGGCAAAGGGAUCAAUGGUGAAUGUGUCACAGAUUUCGAUAUGUCUGGGGCAGCAGGAGCUGGAGGGAAAGAGAGUUCCAGCACAGGCGAGUGGGAAGUCACUUGCCUGUUUUGAGGCUGAUGAAUAUUUCACGAGUCCAGCAGCAGGUGGAUUUGUCUACGAGAGGUUUCUGACUGGGCUGUCUCCUGGCUCAUUCUACUUCCAUUGCAUGGCAGGAAGAGAGGGGCUGAUUGAUACGGCCGUGAAAACAGCAAAUUCAGGAUAUUUGCAAAGGUGUCUGGUGAAGCAUCUUGAGGGAACUACGAUCUGCUACGAUGGGACUGUGAGGAAUCACAGGAGAAUAGUCCAAUUUGAGUACGACGGUGAUGCAGAUCCAGGCGCAUCUGUUGGGGUGUUAGCAGCUCAGAGCAUAGGAGAGCCAUCUACGCAAAUGACACUAAACACGUUUCACCUGGCUGGAGUUGCUGGGAAGAAUAUGACAUUGGGGAUUCCGAGACUCAGGGAGAUUGUGAUGGUUGCAUCUAAAAACAUAAAGACGCCCAUAAUUAAAAUGGCAGUGGAUGAGAAGAUGGGGAUGAAACUGGAACAGGUGUUCAGGCGAGUGACUGCAUCUGACUGUGUGGGGCAGCUGUGGGCUGAGGAGCAGUUUGUGAAGGAGAGGAAUGCGGUGGCUGAUGGAUUCGUCAAGCGUGUUGUGGUCACAUUCAGAAUCCUUGAUGAGGAGGGUGCCGUUGUUCAUGCAAUUGACAAUUUGUUUGUCAGUAAGCUUAAUCGAAUGAUCAAGGUUAAAUCGACUUCUUGUGGCAUUGAAAUGAAUGAACAAGAUGAACAGGUUCAUGAGACGAAGAAGGAGGAAAAUAGCGAUGACGAGAGCACCGAUGUGGAUGAUACCACGGUGGAUGGUGAGACUGAGACCAACAAGACGCCCCUGAGUGAAUCAGGUGAUUCAGAUUCAUCGGAAUCAGAACAUUCUCAUGGUUCCAGUAACCUCAUCCAUCUCAGAAUGACCAAAAGUGGCCUAUAUUCCCUGGAAAUCAACUUUCAGCCUACGAUGACUCAGAAUAUUCUUCCACUUGCAGAGGCUGUUCUAAGCAAAAUUGUGAUACGAGAGAUUCCUGGGUUUGCUGGUGGCAAAAUGGACACUACCCGACCCAACCACCCUGGUCCAGCCACAUUCUACCUUGAUGGAUCCAAUUUCACCACACUUUUCAAUAUCACCCUGAUAUCCAAUAAUCCCGAUGUAUUCUACAAUUCGUACUCAAAUGACAUUCACUCAAUUUGUGGCCAUUUUGGAAUAGAAGCAGCUAGAAAUGUGAUUGUGGCUGAAAUUGAGAGCGUAUUCGAUGUCUAUGGAAUCAGAAUAGAAACAAGGCAUCUUGAUUUGGUAGCAGACUAUUUGACAAGGGAUGGAUUGUAUCAGGCAUUCAACAGGCAAUCAUUUGACAUGGAUGAUUCAAUAUUGCAGAGGAUGUCAUUUGAGAGCUGUUUUGAGAGAGUGAAGGAUGCCAGUCUCUUUAGGCUGAGUGACAAUAUGAACAAUCCUAGUGCAAACAUUUGUGUAGGGAAUAUGAUUCAUAAUGGAACAGGCUGCUUUGAUCUGCUGUAUGAUUUGGACAUAUGA